AUGACAAAUAUAACAGCGCACGAGGAUUUCGAUUAUCAGUUAUGGGCGCAGAUAUUAAAAAAAUCUAUGACCCCGGAGUCCGAUGUGAUGCAUGCAGUUUACGCGGCGACUUUGCUAAUCAUUUUCGUGGUCGGCGUUACAGGCAACCUCCUCACCUGUACCGUUAUAUAUUUAGACAGAAAUAUGCAUACAGCCACAAAUUAUUAUCUUUUCAACUUGGCAAUAUCUGAUUUUAUCGUAUCCUUCGGGAUAUUGCUCGAAGUGAACAUAAUAUGGUACAUGCCAAAUUUUUACUACUUCCAAGAUUAUGACUUAGGAAAUGUUGUGUGCAAAAUACACUUUUUUCUCGUAGUUGCACUGUGGAAUAAUGGUAUAUUAAUAAUGACGACGUUGGCCAUAGAAAGAUAUAUAGCGAUCUGGCAUCCUCUGCUAUUAAAAUCUACACCCGUGUGGAGAAGAUGUAUGAAAACAAUUAUUUUAAUUUGGACAGUGGCGAUCUUAGAAACGCUCCCCGAAGUGUGGACUGUGAACCUCAUAAACGCAGAUAAAUCGCCAAUUUGUUUUAUAAUUCCAACGCCAUUUGCUAAAGUAAUUAACGCAGUCUUAGGCCUGGUGACUUUCAUUAUACCCCUCGGGAUAAUGACGUUUGUUUACUCGAUGAUCGCCUUUAAAGUGAAUGUAAGCCAAACGAGCGACUCCAGAGAUAGGAUUUUCAACCAUCGCAAUAAUAGAAGUAAAGUUAAUAAACUCAUUGUAGCUCUGACGCUCUCGUUCCUGGUGUGCUGGCUGCCAUUUUUUACGUUACGAGUCCUUAUAGUUAUGUCCAAUACUCAACUGUUAGAAUGGCUCGCUGAGCGUUGGGAAUUAUGGCUGAGCAUUUCAUCAAUAAAUAAUUGGUUUAGUAUCAUACUGAACCCUUUGCUAUUCAGUCUUAUGUCGACGAAAUUUAGAAGAGCACUCAAGACUUUAUGGAAUACGAAAAUUAUGAGACGAACACCCGUGCCUCAUAGAGUGACACUUUAAAUAAAAUUAUUCCAUAAGUGAAUGUCAUCAGAAAUGCUCUCGAAAGUGUAUUGUUACCGCAAGAACAGAUCAGUGUGUGUUUAAUGUGCAGUGUUUAUGGAACUUGUGAUUAUUCUUUAUUGUACACAAAAGGUUAUUGAAAUAGAAAGAA